AGACAAGGUGGGAGAUAUGGGGAGUUUAUAUUUUGACGCGGCUGCAGCGGUAGACCAUUCAUCUCAUCCGAGCGUGUCUGGUAAUAAGUCCGUCUCUUCUCGAUAUCUGGGGAUAACCUUGAGAUAAUGGGAAUGCCCCGGUAUUCCCACUUCAUUCCCACUUCAUUCCCACUUCAUUCCCACUUUAUUCCCCCCUAUUCCCUUCUAUUCCCAUCUAUUCCCACACGGCUGACGAGCAGGUUUCGAGACCAUCAGCAAGUUUCUCCAUCACCCCCACAUUCGUUGGUUUCCCCAGAAGGGCCGGUGCCAACGAACUCACCGAAGUGGGGCCAGAUUUUGCCGGUGACAAUGGAGGGAUGGAGAUUGGUCACGGUCUAGACCGGCGAGGGCGGCGAAGCAGGCGAACAGGUUGGUGCAUGCAGGUCAUAUUUCCCACGAGGUCGCUAAAUUCUAGGAGCG